GUGAAACAUUCGAUGAAACAUUAGAUGAGUCGAAUGAUCGGUUGACAUUCAAUCAAGCAAUUGAAAUAUUAUCAAUUGCAGAAAAACAAAUGACAAAUGAGAUUAAUGUUAUGGAGAUGGAAUGUAAUGAAUUUUUUCAGGAUAUUUUGUUAUCCUCAAUGAAUGUUUAUGGGGAUAUUUGGUCCGAUAAUAAUUUUUCUAAAAUCAAAAGGAUUUGA